GUAAGUCCUUUCCACGCUUCAGCAUCCUUUCUCAAUACACAACAAUCGUCUGCGUCUUCUGCGUCUUCUGCGUCAUCGCAGUUGUUCACGCGACUCAAGCUGCAUCUCCUUGCAGGCGACUCUUUCUAUCGGACCGAGCUCGUUGUACUAUAAUCCUUUUGUUCUGUGCUGUUGUCUAUCUUGCCAUCGUGUCUUCAGCUCCUCAUCUCAGGUCACUUUUGUGUUCAUUAUCUCACGUUACACCCUAACCUUUUCUGCCUUGACGACCCUUUUUGUCUUCCACAGAACCAUAGCCUCGACCAUAAAUUUCGAUUCUUUUCGCGUGCAGUUAGUAAUCUUCUGGCCGUCUCAGAUUCAUCAGAGUCAUCGUCAAAGGCGAUGUUAAGUGGCUAUACGAGCAAGAAACGUGUCAACGAGCGUUAUAGAAUCAUCGGUUUCAUUAGCAGUGGCACGUAUGGUCGUGUGUACAAAGCUCAAGGCCGAAAUGGUGAAACUAGAGAAUUCGCGAUCAAGAAAUUCAAGCCGGAUAAGGAGGGUGAGGUUCAAUAUACGGGCAUAUCACAGUCAGCAAUCCGUGAAAUGGCGCUCUGUACGGAACUUACAGACCCAAACGUCAUCCAUACGGUAGAGAUCAUUCUAGAAGACAAAUGCAUUUUCAUUGUCUUCGAAUAUGCCGAACAUGAUCUAUUACAGAUCAUUCAUUAUCACACUCAACAAUCACGAAAAGCGAUCGCUGCUAAGGCUAUUAAAUCGAUACUAUGGCAACUUCUGAACGGACUACUGUACUUGCAUAGAAAUUGGGUUAUGCACCGAGACCUAAAACCCGCAAACAUCAUGGUCACCAAGGCUGGAGAAGUUAAGAUUGGCGACCUGGGACUUGCUCGGUUGUUUUAUAAGCCAUUACACUCGCUGUUCACUGGUGACAAAGUUGUUGUGACUAUCUGGUACCGAGCACCUGAGCUUCUGCUUGGAAGCCGGCAUUACACGCCGGCUGUCGACCUCUGGGCCGUAGGAUGUAUCUUCGCGGAACUUCUUUCUUUGCGGCCUAUCUUUAAAGGAGAAGAAGCAAAGAUGGACAGUAAGAAGAUUGUACCAUUUCAGCGGAAUCAGAUGAUGAAAAUCAUCGAAGUCCUUGGGAUGCCUACGAAGGAGAGAUGGCCAUUGCUGACCGCCAUGCAAGAAUAUGCUCAGCUGCAGGCUUUGGGGAGCACUAUGCGUUCCAGUGGCCGUACAAGAACUUUGAAGGAUUGGUGGCAGACUACCAUGCAGAACAACCAAUACUCUCCAGGUCAGGGUAACUCACCAGGAGACGAGGGUCGAGAUCUACUCCAAGGACUCCUCGAGUACGAUCCACAGAAGCGUCUAACGGCCGAGCAAGCGCUUCAACAUCCCUACUUCACCGCUGGUGGAGAAGCAGACAAGCCAUCCAAGAACUGCUUUGGGAGUGUGAAGAUCGAGUAUCCACAUCGACGGGUUAGUCAGGAAGAUAAUGAUAUCCGCACCUCGAGCGUGCCUGGAACGAAACGGAGCGGAUUACCGGACGAUUCUCUCAUCGGUAGGCCUGCAAAGCGACUCAAAGAGGGUUGAAUACUCUUGUCGUUCACAGGCGCCACCUCUUAUCAUAAUUAGCACAUCGCCCUACUCCUCCCCGCAAGAGCACAAUCAUGAUAGAUCGAGCCUCCGAUAAUAUAUAAUCACUCACAAAACGCGCUUACAGACUGCCAGAUGUCAUGACUCACGGAACGUGGACGAUUGGAUGCGAAAAUUGACCUCAAAUCUCGGCAGAUGUUCGUGUAGCAAUCCUUGAGCUUCGAAUUUCAAUAU